AUUCACUUCAUUCAAAAUUGAGCUUCCAAUCCUCUGAUGCACAUACGUCUCCAUAGUUUGCCUCUUCAUAUGUAACCCUACUUGGUUUGACUAUGUUCCCACACGUCGCUCUCAUCUCCCCUCCUACGACCCACACCCUGAAGGUUCUCUCGUCGUCUCUGUUGGCUGCCCAGUGUGAGGUGUGCCUCCAUUUGCUGAGGGUGUUUGCUUCGUUGCGUUCAAGCCGAUCUCAGUGAGGAUAAAGAUCUUGCUGUGUGGUCGAUUCAUUCCCCUCCACGCAUCCUGUUCUCGAGCUUGAUUGUCGCACGGACGAGGCGAAGAUGACGACCAAAGCCGACAUCGCUAAGCUUCGAGCGUGCUUGCGCUGUCAGUUCGUCCAACGCGGUGCCGACUUUAAUGCGCGAGGCUGCCCCAACUGCGAGGCUGUACUGCAGAUGCAAGGGUCGCAGGACACAGUUCUCGACUGCACCACGAGCAAUUUUGAUGGACUUGUCUCUAUGAUCCACCCCGAUCAGAGCUGGGUGGCGAAAUGGCAGCAUAUAGAGAAACGAGUACCGGGUCUAUAUGCGGUCAAGACCACCGGCCGAUUACCAGAACAAUAUGAAUAGCAACAACGAACGUCUUGAGAGCGUCGCAUCGCAUUGUUUCUGCUCCCGCAUUGUUGU